AUGGACAUCAAUGAUGAACGGCUGAACGAUAUCACAAACUACGUGGUCGAUUUGCGAAACAACGAUGUCUUUAUCCCUACAGACUUGUCCUCGGAAAACGAACUACCAAACAACAAUAAUGGCAACACCACACGGACGGCAUAUUUAGUCGUUGAUACAAACUUCAUACUAAGCCAUUUGUCUUUGCUAGAUGAUCUGGAGCGACUGUUGCACACUAAAUACAUGGGUACAUACCAGAUAGUUAUUCCAAAACAGGUUGUACACGAGCUGGAUGGAUUGAAAGACGCAGAUCGGACCAUCGACUCCAGGCAUUCAAUUUCUCGCCUGGCACGAUCAGCAAUAGACUGGUGUUACUUGCAUUUCCAUGAAUCGAUGCCUACAGUUACAGGGCAGCGACUGCAUGAAAGGAUAGAUAAAAAUGCCCUGAAAGACAAUGCAAUAUUGGAUUGCUGCUUAUACUUUCAAAACGUGGAAAAUGGAGGAGGCAACAUGGUGGUUUUGUUGUCUAACGAUAAGAACUUAUGUGUGAAAGCAUUGGUAAAUAACGUUUUAACUAUCAGUUAUCGUUUGGGGAUGACUGCAGAUCUGAUUGCUAAUAAUGUGGUUUCGGAGCUAAACAAUAACUACAAUUUCGACGAUUCCUCAAAUCAAAUGCCACCCGAAGGCCAAUUCAACAGCAACGAUUCUAAUGUGUUAAUGAAUAAUGAUGAUAUGGAUGUUGAACCAAUUUAUAUCCAAGAAAACACAAUCGACCUUGUUCCAGACGGGCAGGAUACCUCAACGCCAAACUCUACCUCUUCUCCAUAUUUUUUCCACGAGACGUCAGAGGAAAUAUUUUCACAGGUAACAACUCUGACCCUAGAGGCCAUAAAAUACGCUGUUGAGAGCAUUUUCGAAGACGAUAUAGAAAUGGUGGGGUACGACGAUAGCAAAAUGAGAACCCUUCUCGAUGCAGCACGAUGCAUUGUCAAAAUGGGACUAUCCACGUUUUCAGAAUUUUUUGAUAGACGAAGAUUCAACCCUAUGAAAAUGUUACAGGAUAGAGGGCAGAUGCAAAUAUAUGUUAAUGUGCCCAAAGAUGUGCCUUCCCUAAAAACAUUUGUCGCAUUUUGGACUGACUUCUUAGAAGGCAUAUAUGCUAAUCGAGGCCAAAGUCAAAAGGCAGCGUUGAGCCAAAUCAUCAAUCAUUGGCAGGGCUUGAUUAAACGGCUGUAA